UAUAGCCAUAUAUAUAUCAUACUAGCCAGAGAUUUUUUGGUCGUCGACCGCUCGGCCGGUUUUUCUGUUUACUUGCUACCCUGGAUCGGAAUGCAGACACAAAAUCACAAAAAUCAAAACGGGUUUUCCUCGGCUUUUACCGCAAGCAAGCCACCCACCGCGGACGACGACGACGCGACACAGGAAGGCGACCCGCCGCCUCCACUGCCCGAGGAGGAGGGCAUGCCACCGCCAUCGCCGCCGGACGAGACCGACGAGCAGCAGCCGCCGCCGGGCCUGGCUCCGCCGAGCCCUGAGCCGAGCGUGCAGCCGCGUGGGACGAAGUCGAAGCGCGACGGCACGUCCGUGGGCACGUUGAUGCGGUCGCCGCCCAAGAGAGCGGACGACGAUGAAGGCAUAGCGAAGUCCCCCGCGAGCAAGGUCCCUUUGGUGGAGUAUGAUAGCGACGCCGAGGACGACGGCGACGCCCUGGCGCAGCUGCCUCGGGCCACUGAUCCGGCCGAGAGCGAGCCGGUCGAGAUGGAGGCCGAGUCCACGACGACGAUGGAGGCCGCCGGGCCGGCGCCCACCGUGACGGACUACACGGCCCAGGCCGACGUUCUGCUCGAGCUUCUCAGUACGAGGUACCGCCGAACGGCGGACCGGGCCCGCGUUAUCGAGGCACUCACGGCGAGUGGCGGUGCCUACCUUGCCGCCGCUCAUUGGCUCGACACCCAAGGACACCUUCGUUCCGUGUCGUGAGGCGCGCGGUAGUGCCUAAGCGUCUUAGUUCGU